AAGCCACCUGCCCAACUAGCUACUUGACAAAUUAGAUCUCUGAAUAAUACUAUUCACAGGAACAACUCCAUGCUUUUGGAAAAAAGGAUUCACACAAUGGCUGAGGUGCACCUAUUUCUUUGGUUCGGAACUCUACAGGGUCACUGCCUGAGUCACUGUUUUCCUAUUAAUUCAGUUUAUAGUUAGUGCACUGGGAAAUCAUGAUUGGAAAUAGAGUGAGGACUUAUACCCAAAAUAUACUCCUAAUCUAUUAGUCUAGUUCCCUCUAUAGCCACUCUGUCACCAAUUAUACAGCGUUCUAUAGUAAAAACUGCAUAUUUGUAAAAUGCCACCUAAUAUUGGCAUUGCAUUAUAAAUGAUCAAGGGGGAAAAUUACAGAAAUGGCUUAGGAAAAAGAAGCCUUUUUCCUUUAGUUUAUUUGUAUAUAAUGGUCAUAGUAACUCUUUCACAAACUUUCAAUAAAGCACAUAGGUAGGUAAUAAAACACGUACACUACUUGUUCAGCAACAUUUAAGUAAGGACAAGGCUUCCAAAGGGAUUGUUUGAGAAUAUAAGAAAGUGUUACACAAAGCUGCCAAACAAUCAUGUCAUAACAUGAUAUGCAGCAGGAGACAGAGCCUUUGGAGAGCAUUAUUAUUCUAUAGGCUUCCACAGAACUGGAAGCAUGGUCCUCGAUAGUGACUUUGAGCCUAGGUAGAAGUUCCAUCCACGCCCAUUCAAUGGCUGCCCAUAUUUCACCUUCCCCAUUCUCAUUCAUCUAGCCAAUUUAAAAGAUGGAGACAGAGGAAGAAUGGGUGGGAUCAGAGAGAAACAGAGAAUCCGAAUGAGAGCCAAUUUCAGUGGGGUACAGUGCCCCACACAUUAUUUCAGGAACUUAUGUUACUACAUUCCAGGAAAACGCAAGUAGACCACCAAAUGCUCUGCGUUUUCAAAAAGGAGCUGGGAGUUCCAGUCUUACAGGAAAAUAAAAAUUCAUACUAAAGGAAAAACCUGAUAUUAUGAGAAAAAUGAUAAAACAAUGUAUAUAAUUAUAUAUAAUUAUAUAAUAUUAGAGUCACUGGUUCUCAUCAACACAAUGGCCCAUUUGAUUUUUACUUCUCUAUUUUUAGAUCUUCACAGAACUCUAAGUCACAUUCAAAUGUUGAAACUUGGUUUAAUAAUUAGGGGUUUGAAACUUGGGAGUAUUUAUUACAACAAUGUUCUACUGUGUUUGAUAAGGUAAAUAAGCAAGAUGGUCUUUUUCAGCAAUUAAGUAGAACUGACCCUGGAAUUUGAUUGAAUUUGCCCAGCCUAAAAGAUAGACUCAAUAGCUUGGGGCAGAAUUUUAGACCUCAUACUCCAGAACAAAUCAUGAAAAACCUGCAGAGUAAUGAACCUAACCAACAGCUAGUCAUAACCACAGAAAAUUACAUUCCUUUUCAGCUAUCAUUACCAUGCAUAAUGUUAAGUGGGCAAGAGUUCAAGAAAAUAUUCUGGAGAUAUGUUCUCUUAUCUAGAUAUUCCUAUUAUAAAUGUGCAUAGAAGACUGCUAUAAAACUACAUUUUAUUUCUUCGUUACAUGUCAUCUAAAUUAGUGUUUAAAAUUCUAAUGCCUAACAACUAAAUAUAAUAUAUGGACCCUGCCUAGAUUCUAAUUCAAAAAAAAAAAAAAAAAAAAAAAAAAAACCUGGUCAAGACACCAUCUCUGAGACAGGAGAAAUCUGAAACAGGCCGGAUAUCAUAUGACCCCGAAGAAUUAUUAACAAUUAACCUCAUUAUUAACCACUGUUCAUUAUAAUUACUAUUAGGUGUGAUAACGGAACAGUGGUUAUGUGAGGUGUCCAUACAUGCUAAUGUAUGUAAGGAUGGAAUGAGAUUUGCUUUAAAAUGUUUCAACUAAGAAAAAAAAGUUAAAUGAAGCUAACAUGGCAAGAACUCGGUAAUUGUUGAAUCCAGGUAAUGGGUUGAUGGAAGUUCAUACAUUAUUUUUUCACAGUUUUGUGUAAGGUGAAGUUUUUAAUAAUUUUAAAAAACAUUUAAAAAGCAUUUAUUGUCCCGAAACACCCCUGAAAGGACUCUAUGAAAAGGUAGGAAAAGGAAAAAAAUCCUGUUUUAUUUAAAAAAUGAAGUACAAAAAUUAUAAAACUGACACUCUUUAGAUCUAUUCUUUUAUACAGCUCCUCAGAAUUCCAUAUAAUAUUUUUAAAUAAACACCCUGCUAAAAUUUUAUACUAAGUGAUGACUCAUAAUGUUCUAUUCCAAAGCAACAAAAUGCAUGUGCCCAAAAGACAUGUAAAAACAGGUGUGCCUUUUCACAAAAAAGCAGCCUUUUCCCUGCUACAAAUUUUUAAAACUCACAAUAUAUUUUUCUAUCCCAUGGGAUUUUUUAAAAUUAUGUUCCUUCUUUAGAGAAAACUAGAUUAUGAGAAAACAGCUCAGCGGAAUUUCUGCAAGUAAUGCAAAGGUAAAAUAGAGUACUUUCUUCCAGCCAAAAGGAUGAACAGGAGGAAAACAAUGAACAUUUUCACCAGCAUUUUGGAACAUUAUUCCAGCUCCCUCUUUGCUCAGCUCUUUUUUUCCUCCCCAAAUUCGUCACUUAACUGCCUGUCAAAACAACUCUUGCCCAUUCUACCUGAUCACAUUCCAGAGCUGCAGCUCUUCCUGGAUUCUCUUCACAAUGACAGGCUGCUCAGAGAGCACCUAUCAAACUGAACAUGAUCAUCGGCUCCUUCCUCUUUUCCUUUCAGGGCAUACUGCUGUCCAUCAGGAGAAGUAAUUAAUGGGUUUAUUAUGUAUGAAAGCGUCAUCCCAUCAGUUUGCUGUCUGGUUUGAAUAGCUCCUAUCAGCUCUUCAUUCAUGCCAAGUAUGCUCACUGUCCGGAGGGAUGAUAAAGCCAUACCUUCUUCGGAUUUUCCCCUCGCUAUUCACAAAACAGUGUCCCAGAACUAUGUGUUGCAGAGGCACAAGGAAGACAGAAGAGACCCCCUUAUCCUCUACAAAAAGGAAGCCAGUGGACUGAAAAGUUGGUAAAGGGGAACACAAGGAAAGCAAGACAGUGCAAGAGAAGAUCCAAGAGAGAUCCAGUCCAAGUGAUUUUUUUAAAGCAACUUGAUCCGGGGGCACGUGUAAUGCUGAAAUAUGGACAGCAGAACUUUUCCAGAAGGUAAAAACAUCUAUACAAGGACCCUGGAUUUCUCACUGCUGAAACAUUCAAUGAAUUUUUAAUAAGUUCUGAACGCUCAAGUUGUCUGUGGUCAGAUCAACUGCCAUUACCGGAUAAAGAAAGGCAAAACUCGCCCCCUUUCUCUAUAAUCCUAUUCAAGUGGAAUCUUCAUCUAUUGCGUGCUGCCCUAAUGCUACAGGAUUACCAGGAAUACAGACAGACAGACACUGCAUGAAAUAAAACACAGUGGUGAAUGAAAACACGCAAGCCAAGUAGAGAAGGCAUUUCAGGUACCGAAGCUUACUAUUUCCAGCCAGAAUUAGAUUAUUGGGCUUCACACACACCACUGCCAGAUGCUGGCCAAGAAGAGGUGAGAUAGAAAAGAGACGGUCUAGAACCCAAGACUUAAUCCUAAUGUAAAUUCUUGCACCAGGAUGGAAGGAGAAUCUCACCAUAAUACAACCAUUGUCAAUGACACCCCAGUAAAUCACCAGCCUUUGGAACGCCAUGGGUUGUGGGAAGUCAUCACCAUCGCAGCUGUGACUGCUGUGGUAAGCCUGAUCACCAUUGUGGGCAACGUCUUAGUCAUGAUCUCCUUCAAAGUCAAUAGUCAACUGAAGACAGUGAACAACUAUUACCUGCUCAGCUUAGCCUGUGCAGAUCUCAUCAUUGGGAUCUUCUCCAUGAACCUCUACACUACCUACAUCCUCAUGGGACGCUGGGUGCUUGGGAGUCUGGCUUGUGACCUCUGGCUUGCACUGGACUAUGUGGCUAGCAAUGCUUCUGUCAUGAACCUUCUGGUGAUCAGUUUUGACCGUUACUUUUCUAUCACAAGACCUCUGACAUAUCGGGCCAAGCGUACCCCAAAAAGGGCUGGCAUCAUGAUUGGCCUGGCCUGGCUAAUCUCCUUCAUCCUUUGGGCCCCAGCAAUCCUCUGCUGGCAAUACCUGGUUGGGGAGCGGACAGUGCCACCAGAUGAGUGCCAGAUCCAGUUCCUCUCUGAGCCCACCAUCACUUUCGGCACUGCCAUCGCUGCCUUCUACAUCCCUGUUUCGGUCAUGACGAUCCUCUACUGCCGAAUCUACCGGGAAACAGAGAAGCGAACCAAGGACCUGGCUGACCUCCAGGGCUCUGACUCCAUGGCUGAAGCUGAGCCAAGAAAGCCAGCUCAUAAGGCUCUGCUGAGGUCCUGCUUUAGCUGCCCUCGACCCACACUGGCCCAGAGGGAAAGGAACCAAGCCUCCUGGUCAUCCUCCCGCAGGAGCACUUCCACCACUGGGAAGCCAUCCCAAGUCACUGGCCCAAGCACCGAGUGGGCCAAAGUCGAGCAGCUCACUACCUGUAGUAGCUACCCUUCCUCAGAGGAUGAGGACAAGCCCACCACUGACCCUGUCUUCCAAGUAGUCUACAAGAGUCAGGCCAAGGAAAGCCCAAGGGAGGAAUUCAGUGCUGAAGAGCCCAAGGAAACUUUUGUGAAAACUCACACUGAGAAAAAGGACUAUGACACCCAAAAAUACUUCUUGUCCCCAGGUGCUGCUCAUAGACCCAGGAGUCAGAAAUGUGUGGCCUAUAAGUUCCGAUUGGUGGUAAAAGCUGAUGGGACCCAGGAGACCAACAACGGCUGUCACAAGUUGAAAAUCAUGCCCUGCUCCUUCCCAGUGUCCAAGGACCCUUCAGCGAAAGGCCUGGAUCCCAACCUCAGCCACCAAAUGACCAAACGAAAGAGAAUGGUCCUUGUCAAGGAGAGGAAAGCAGCCCAGACCUUGAGUGCCAUCCUACUGGCCUUCAUCAUCACCUGGACCCCUUAUAACAUCAUGGUCCUGGUUUCCACCUUCUGUGACAAGUGUGUCCCAGUCACCCUGUGGCACCUGGGCUACUGGCUGUGCUAUGUCAACAGCACUGUCAACCCCAUUUGCUACGCCCUCUGCAACAGAACCUUCAGGAAGACCUUUAAGAUGCUGCUUCUCUGCCGAUGGAAAAAGAAAAAAGUAGAAGAGAAGCCGUACUGGCAGGGGAAUAGCAAGCUCUCCUGA